UCAAACAUCCAAACAAUACUUCCAGUCUCAACCAGAUACACCAUACGCACAGUCUCAAACCAUACAGUCUCAAACAACCACGCAAUACUUCCAGUUACAAUUAAUCACACAAUACCUAUAGUCUCAAACAACCACACGAUAAUUAUAUUCUCAAACAUUCACACAUUACUUCCAGUCUCAAACAACCACACAGUUCUUACAGUCUCAAACAUCCACACAUUACUUCCAGUUUCAAACAACCAUACAAUUCUUACAGUCUCAAACAGCCACACAAUUUCUCCAGUCUCAAACAACCACACAAUAUUCCAUCUCAAACAACCACACAAUACUUCCAGUUUCAAACAACCACACAAUGUCUCAAACAACCAGACAGUACGCUCAGUUUCAAAAGAGCACACAAUUCUUACAGACUCAAACAACCACACAAUACUUUCAGUCUCAAACAACCACACAGUUCUUACAGUCUCAAACAUUCACACAGUUCUUACAGUCUCAAACAUCCACACAUACUUCCAGUCUCAAACAACUACAAUUCUUACAGUCUCAAACAACCAUACAAUUCUUACAGUCUCAAACAACUACACAAUACUUCCAGUCCCAAACAACCACACAAUACUUCCAGUCCCAAACAACCAUACAAUUCUUACAGUCUCAAACAACCAUACAAUUCUUACAGUCUCAAACAGCCACAUAAUUCUUACACUCUCAAACAACCACACAAUACUUCCAGUACCAAACAACCAUACAAUUCUUACAGUCCUUAACAACCAUACAAUUCUUACAGUCUCAAGC